AUGCCUGACGCAUCCCAUCUUGCCCCCUCCCUCGAUGAGGAGGAAAGGUAUGGCCUCGUCACUCAAACGAUCCUUGCCAGCCCGGUGAUCAAAUGGAUUUUACCUGCCCGUCUUCGAAACCAGAACCUCAACGACGUUGUUUUCGUGAGCCAUAAUCGCGUCCAGAUUAAGGAAGCAACGGGGACUAGCUACCUCCAGGACGUAGCCGAGAAGACAGACUUCUCAGGCUCAAUCGAUGCAGCAAAAGUUCUCAAUGUGAUCACAGAACUACCACUUGAAUCACAGAUUCGCUCUGAGGCUACGCAUGAUGGUCCAGCACAGAUUCUUGUCCUUGUUGUCGGCAUGAAGGAGUUGUUUUUCCUCUACUGUUCUCCACUAAAGCCUAAGCAGUUUGUGACAUUUCGUGUUCCGUUUCCUAUCAAUGUGAGCUUGGAAAUACGAUUUGGCAAGCAGAUUGCUGUUGAUCCAAAGUCUCGCGCGGUCGCAGUUUGUGCGGCCAAAAACUUCUUCGGCAUCAUGCGACUAAAACCUCCCCAUGAAAUCCAGAAUGAAAUGCUUCACGGAGUCCUGAAUCCCAUCCAAGAGGAGAAAUACUUCCAGACCGAUGGCAUAAUCAUGUUUAUGGAAUUCCUUUAUCCAAAAUCCGCGGAUGAUAAAAACAUAAUGCUGCUUUUGAUUCUGCAACGAGAGGGUGUCACCUAUGCCGAGAGGUAUUCGUGGCAAGAGGGCAAAGAGCUCAGUGCUCUUGCCCCAGAGUUAACAAAGUUUAAGCUCCGCAAGCAGCACAGAUUACCGACCAUGAUUGUUCCAUUGACCAAAGAAUCGUCCUUCUUGGUCCUCACCACCACCUCCAUGGCAGUCUAUCCUUCCGAUGGCAGUCAUCCUCCCACUAGGUACCCAUAUCUUGCCCCGAAUCCAGACAUCAGUGGAGCUUCGAUGUGGACUCGCUGGGCAAGACCUGCCCGUAACUGGUUAUACAGUCAAAGCCACGAUGGGAUUUACCUUUGCCGUGAAGACGGCUGGAUCUAUCUGCUGGAGUUCGGCAAUGAGGGAGAUCUAGAAACUCAAACUUCCCUGGGUCAGAUUCAAUGUGAUGUUGAUAUGGCAUUUGAUGUCCUUGACAUGGGGUCACAAGGUGGUGAUUUUAUCCUUGCAUCUGGUAGCACUGGUGAUGGCGGGCUUUUUAUACAAGAAGCUCGAGCUGGUCCGAGGUGUGUGCAACGAUUUGCCAAUUGGGCCCCAGUCCGGGAUGCAACCAUGGUAUAUCCAGUGACCCAAGCCAACGCCCAUGGAGGCAUUGCUAGCAAUCGCCUUUUUGCUUGCUCCGACUCAACAGCCAAUGGUGGCGCGCUUCAUGAGUUUCGAUGGGGCAUCGAGGCUCAACAGGGCUUUAACGUACCUCUUGAUGACUUUUCCCAUGUCCGAGACAUGUGGAUCAUGCCCGACAUUAUAAACGAUAGUGUUUACAUCCUGCUCUCUGAUCAUCUUUCAACCUUAGUUCUCCACUUGGAUCCGGCAUCGGAGGAGCCAAUCAGCGCCCUCGACGAGGAACAGACAGGACUAGACGAUAGACAAACCUUGGCUGCUGGAUGCACCCCUAGUGGUGUGCUUAUUCAGAUUACUGAGGACGCUACUCACUUCUUUGCCCUUCACAACCUUUCUUUGAACAAGAGCGUGUCGCAUAAAGGUGGCAUAGCUAUCCUUGCAGUAGCUAUUGAUGGGCCAGGCUCAACCGUGGUUACCGCUAUGCGGGAUAGAGACCAGAUAUGCCUCUAUCUAAGCAAAAUAGUUGACGAUGGUGAACAAGUGCACUUGAAUGUUAGCGAGCCUGUCAAUAUUGCCAAAGAGCCUGUUUGCCUUUGUCUGCAAACCUUUGGGGGUAAACCAUUUAUCUUCUUGGGCAAUCCCGAUGGCACGAUUGACGUUUUCGUCAUUGAAGACGACACCAUUGUCUUCGUAUUUGAAACUUCUAUCGCGCUUGAUGAAGAAUAUUCCGAUUUGUCCACUGUUGUUGAAAGCUUUGCGACCAUCCGAACCAACUCCUCGGAUGGCGCCUUGCAUGCAUUUUUACUUUGUGGAUUGCGAAGCGGGAUGCUCGUCUCCUUCAAAGUCGAUUUCGAUUCAAGUACAUUGAUCGAACUGCAACAAAAACAAGCCAACCGCAUCGGAACAACCUCCAUCCGGCUGAAAGGGCAGAACACUUUCGCCCUGCUGACAUGUGGAGAUGAGCUGUGGUACGUAUCUUACAGCUUCGAUUGUAUGCCGUCGGAAUAUUUUAUUCGACAAGUCUGGAUCACAGACCAGAGCAAUCCCGCAUACUUCCCGCUUUCCAUCUCUGGAUUCGACGUUAUCGGCCUACGGGAUUCAGAGUUAGAGGCUUCAUCGGGAAAUCUGUUCUGCUUUGCAGAUCGACAGCUUCUAAUAUGCUCUUUGAACCAAGAAGCUAAGGUGGUUCCGCGACGCAUUGGUCUGCCUGGGAAGCCCCAGAAAAUGGUGUACUCGAAAAUUCUCCAGACUUUGAUUUUAGCCUACAGUGUCCCUUGUUUUGAGAACCCCGAUCUUCCUCUUAACAAGACCGUUAAGUCUUACAUCGAAUUUGUGGAUCCAGAUACCCAAAAGUCUUUGGUCCAUGGGUCCACCAUGCAGCCCUGGCAAACUGAGUCGUCCCGUGGAGAAACAAUCACCUGUAUCCUGGACUGGGAAUUUGAGAGGGAUGGAGAGAUCUAUCAUAUGGUUGCCAUUGGCACUUCCAUGCCAAUCUUGGAAAGCUGCGGCCCUCGGCAAGGAAGACUUAUUUUAAUGGUGCCUCGACGAGACUCAUCCGCACCAGAAAGCAUAAACUGUCUCAUUCGGUACACCCGGAUUCUGGAUGGACCAAUAAAUGCAAUGGCCGCCUACAAAGAUGGUCUGAUAAUCGGAGCGGGGAACCGUCUGAUCCCUGUUCCAUCCAAGACAGGAUCUACAACGUGGCACAAAGGCACAGAAGAAAAACUCCCCUCUACGGUGGUUUCCAUCUCCGUCCACGGACAAUUCGUAUUUGUGUUGACUGCACGACACUCGUGGCUGGUAUUCGAAAUCAUUCGUAAAUCCGAAACGAAUGAGAGCUCUGUCCUGGUUCUCCGCUCCUGGGACCACACCCGUCGAGAUGGUUUGACUCACGUUGCCUGCCAUGAGAACGGCGACAAGAUCUUCGUGAGCUUCCUUGGUGGAAAGAUCUUUGGUGCCAUCCCCAGCAAAACCUACCUUGUCCACCCUAAUCUCACACUACCCAGUGCAGUCCCUGAGGCAACACUCGAUGAGUCGGUAUUGCGAUUUGUUUCUGACAGGAACGGUGGCAACGUUCUGUACGGGUUUAACGUUUCCGGUUCCAUCUGCCGAUUCCUUUUGCCCAAGGCAGAUGAGCUCCAGUUGUUGUCAUUCUUACAGAAUAUAUGCUACAGGGACCGAGUGCUUGCCCCAUCUGCUAGUAGAAAGAUGCGACGAAGAGAUCCCCAUGAUUUGACUGGAUAUCACAUUGACGGGGAUAUUCUUUACCGUCUGUCACAGCGUGGCCCGGACUUUCUUGAGGCUAUGAUUACAUCGCUAGGUUCUUCUAGCCCCAGAUCAAAUUCAGCAGAGGAGCUUUUCAACCAGCUUGCUCUACAGGUUGUCGGGCAGUUGUCCGUGGAAGCAGUUCUUAUUUGGCUGCGGAAAAUGCUUGAUAUAACUAUCUGA